GCUAUUCACGGCCAGCAACUUCCAGUGUCUUGUUCUUGUGCAGACCUUUAGCUUCUAACCACAAGCGCCAUUCUCCUGUUCAAGGUGCAGUGGGUGGAGCCAAGGUCGCUGUUCCCUCCGGCCCAUCGUGCAUGGAGAAGAGUCAGCCGGGCAGCAGCCAGCACAGCCACUCCGCCAAGGAGGAGCCCCUCAGGGUCGGGGAGGAGAAACCCAAGCCCCCUAAAGCCUCGUCCAGGAUGGAUGAUGGAGGUCUGGAUAACGUGGCUCCUCGCUCCGUCUCUGAGCAUGUCCCUAUCUCCAAGCCAGAGCCAGCUGUUACCACGCCUAAACCCACCUGCAUGGUGCAGCCCAUGACCCACGCCACUCCCGCCAGCAACGAGCGCCAUGAAGAAGAGGAGGAGAAGAAGGUGUGCCUGCCUGGUUUUACAGGAUUGGUCAACCUUGGAAACACCUGCUUCAUGAACAGCGUCAUCCAAUCCCUGUCCAACAGCAGAGAACUCAGGGAUUACUUCCAUGAUCGAGGGUUUGAGUCAGAAAUCAACUGCAAUAAUCCUCUGGGGACAGGAGGCCGGCUAGCCAUUGGUUUCGCUGUGCUCCUCAGGGCCCUUUGGAAAGGAACACAUCAUGCCUUCCAACCCUCCAAACUCAAGGCUAUAGUGGCCAGUAAAGCCAGUCAGUUUACAGGCUACGCCCAGCACGACGCCCAGGAGUUCAUGGCGUUCUUGCUGGACGGGCUCCAUGAAGACUUGAACCGCAUCCAGAACAAACCUUACACAGAGACGGUGGACUCUGACGGGCGGCUGGAUGAGGUGGUGGCAGAGGAGGCAUGGCAGAGGCACAAGAUGAGAAACGACUCCUUCAUAGUGGACCUCUUCCAGGGCCAGUUCAAAUCCAAGCUGGUCUGCCCCAUGUGCUCCAAGGUGUCCAUAACCUUUGACCCUUUCCUUUACCUGCCCGUGCCCCUACCCCAGAAACAAAAGGUGCUCUCAGUUUUCUACUUUGCUAAGGAACCUCAUAAGAAACCCAUCAAGUUUUUGGUGAGUGUGAGUAAGGAGAACUCCAGCACGGCGGAAGUCCUCGAAUCCAUUUCCAGGAAUGUCCGCGUCAAACCAGAGAACCUCAGGCUGGCAGAGGUGGGGAAGAACCGCUUCCAGCGCAUGUUCCUGCGGUCCCACUCCCUGGACACAGUGUCCUCCUCCGACAUGCUGUUCUGCUUUGAGGUGCUCUCCAAAGACAUGGCCAAAGAGAGGGUGGUUCUGCUCCGAGUGCAGCAGAGACUCCAGGUCCCUAAUAUUCCCAUCUCUAAGUGUGCCGCCUGCUUGAAGCCUCCGGUGUGUGAUGACGACAAGCUGAAGCGCUGCACACGCUGCUAUCGUGUGGGCUACUGCAACCAGUGA